AUGCUCUUUUUAACCAUCAAUGCCUCUAUGAGUGAGAACAUCAAAUGCAUAUAUCCAGAAGAUACAAAGGAAGCGGUCGCCCAAUAUAUGUUUGACGUAGUUUGCACUCAUUGUCGUGAAGAACAUGGUUCAUCUAUAGUGAUCGACAGAUUUGACAAGACUGAUAUGCCUGGAAGUCGUGGUGAAGCUUCGUUUGUAAUGAAAUGCAAAUUCUGUGGAAGCGAUUGUUCAAUUGAUCUUCUGCCUUUCGAGGAUGCUCUUCAUAAUCCCACUGCUCUAGACUCCGGUGCUCUCGAUAAGAUCAAAGAAGUGCGGAAGAAACAUGGAUUGAAAAAUAUACCAUCGGAAAGCUGUGUGCUUCUCCAACUAGACUGCAGAGGUUGCGAAGUUGUGCGUUUCCAUCCUGGUAACCUAACUUUCAACGCGGAAUUGACGUCUGGUAAGCUAAUGUCCUUUCAAUUGGAAGAUGACGCAGAAUGGUAUGACUAUGAUGAUGACGCCAACGAGGAAGUGACCGUUACGGAUCUUCAAGGGACUAUAUUUAAGGGAAAAUAG